AGGCUGUGCAGCGGCUCUCGGGCGGAGGUUCCCCGAGGUUCCGGGUUCUAAUCCCGCUGUUGCCCGUCGCUGCCGGCUGCCGCGCGUUCCGCAGUCGGGCGCGCCGACGGUCGUUGCCUAGCGGCGUCGUCACGGGAAGUGCAUGCACUCGAGCUGCAUGGCUGUAAAUAAAUUUUAACCCCACUUCUGCCGGUUCUCAUUGAGCGAAGGUGUUCGAGGAGAUGCUUACAGAAUAGAAACAAGUUUUUUUGUUUUUGUUUCUGCUUUUGGAAAAUUUUUGCGCUACAGUGAAAGAAUGUGUAAAGUAGUUAAAAGCGAAAUCUCAGUUUCCUCAGAUUCGAUAUGGAUAGUAUAGAAGAGCCUCAAAAGAGAGUCUUCAAGGCCCGGAAAACAAUGAGAGUGAGUGACCGUCAGCAACUUGAAACUGUGUACAAAGUCAGAGAAGAAUUGCUGAAAACUGAUGGGAAACUUCUAAAUGGCAACCAUGAAAAUGGAGAUUUGGACCCAGCUUCACCUCUGGAAAAUGCAGAUUCUGUGCAAGAUAGGGACGAAGUGAAUGGCAUUGAAGCAAUUUGUUUUGAGAGUGAAGAGAGUAAAACAGAAUGGAAAGAAGCACCUUGUUUCCUAAAUGCUAACAUCAAAAAUGAGCAGGACGAUGAUUUAAGUUGUGAGCCUUUGUCUGCUAAUAAUGUAACUCCUGACCCUGCAUCCAAUCUUACCACUGAGCCAGCUCCUGGUGAGAUAGCUUCCAGUGACCUGAUGGCUGCAGAGCUGGUCUCUGGGGAUCCUGUCUCUGGUGAUCCCCAUGCUGAUUCCUCCCUUGCUAAUCUCUCCUCUGCUGACCCCACCUCUAGUGAUCCCUCCUCUGGUGAUAUUGCUUUUCAAGAAUCCACCUCUGAGAAUCUUUCCCCUGGCAAUUUCACUUCUGAUGAAGUGGUUCCUGGUGAUUCUGUUUCCACUGAACCAGUUUCUGAUGAGCCAAUUUCUGGUGCAGUGACUGCUUGUGAACUGUCCUCUAGUCCAGCAGCUUCUGUUGAUUGUGCUUCUGAUAAUCUAGCCUCUGACCCCCCUCCUUCUGAAGAACAGCCUUGUGGUGACCAGCCUUCUGGCGACCCUGCCUGUAGUAGACUCACUUCUGAAGACCUAGUCUCUGAUGAUGUGGCUUCUGAUGAACUCGUCUCUGGUGCUUCGAACCCUGGUGAAUCAACUUUAGAAUCACCCUCUGAUAGUGCUUUUAAAGCAAGUUCUGUACCAGUGGGUGGGCCAGACCCUGAAACUGAUAAGACAGAGCACAGUAGCAAUAAAAAUGAUGAGUUUUUUGAAAAACAUGGAGAUGAUGAAAAGUUAGACCAGACUGAAAGUAAAGCCUCAUCUGAUGAGGAAAAGAAAGCAGAUAGUAACACUGAUGAUAAUAAAGAUGCUGUAGAGACAGCUAGUGCAAUGAUUUGUUCCGAUCUACCUCCUGAGAACGAGAAGAAGGUUGAGGAUGAUCCUGAUACCGAGCUUGCCGUUGGAGAAGAAACCAUCUCUAGCAGUAUGGAAAUUGACCAAAGUGAAAAGAAUGAAGACGAAAAUUCUGCAGAACUUGUAGAAACUGUUAGUGAAAAUGUUACAAAAGAUGAUAAAAAUGAGGAUAUCUUAGAAAAUACAGAUUCUAUGGAGACAGAUGAAAUCAUUCCUAUUUUAGAAAAACUUGCACCUGCUGAAGAUGAACUUACAUGUUUUUCUAAAACUCUCCUUCCGAUUGAUGAGACAAAUCAAGAUUUAGAAGAGAAAAUGGAAGGUUCAUUUGGUUCACUAUCAAAACAAGAAAGUAGUGAGAGUCUGCCAAAAGAAGCUUUUUUGGUUCUAUCUGAUGAAGAGGAUAUUUCAUGUGAAAAAGAUGAAUCUGAAGACCCAUCACAAAAUCAGACAUGCUCUCCAGCAGAAGUAGAGAAGAAUGAAAAGGACAGCAAGCCUGAUGAAGAAGAGCAGGAAGUCAGUGAAGAAAAUGAAAGACCUGAGAAAAAUGACUUUUCCAGAAGAAAACGUUCUAAAUCAGAGGACAUGGACAAUGUACAGUCCAAGCGUCGUCGAUACAUAGAAGAAGAGUACGAGGCAGAGUUUCAAGUGAAGAUUACAGCCAAAGGGGACGUCAACCAGAAGCUUCAAAAGGUCAUACAGUGGUUAUUAGAAGAAAAAUUGUGUGCCCUACAGUAUGCUGUAUUUGAUAAGACUCUGGCAGACUUGAAAACACGAGUAGAAAAGAUUGAAUGUCACAGGAGGCACAAAACAGUUCUUACUGAGCUACAGGCGAAGAUAGCCAGACUAACCAAACGCUUUGGAGCAGCCAAAGAAGAUCUUAAGAAAAGACAAGAAAACCCACCAAACCCACCCUUAUCACCAGGAAAGCCUGCCAGUGAUGUCAACAGCAAUAAUAUGACCUAUAGAAAUGCAGGCACAGUGAGACAGUUGCUGGAGUCCAAAAGAAAUGUGGGUGAGAGUGUCCCACCAUCCUUUCAAACUUCUGUGAACGCAGCAUCUUCAGCCAGUCUUGUUACCCCUCCAGCCAUUGUCAGUAGCCAGCCUAAGUUGCAGACUCCAGCGACCUCAGGUUCUCUGACCGCAGCUCCACUGCUUCCUGCACCCAGCACAGCCACAGUCGUGGCUACUACUCAGGUGCCCAGUGGAAACCCUCAGCCUACCAUCUCUCUGCAGCCUUUGCCAGUGAUUUUGCAUGUACCUGUUGCAGUGACCUCUCAGCCUCAGCUCCUACAAAGCCAUCCAGGGACUUUAGUGACCAAUCAACCAUCUGGCAAUGUUGAAUUCAUAUCUGUGCAAAGCCCACCUACAGUGAGUGGUCUUACCAAAAAUCCGGUUUCUUUGCCAUCCUUGCCAAAUCACACGAAACCAAACAACAUGUCUGCAGUGUCCAGUCCUAGUAUUCCAAGGAACUCAUCUACCAGUGCUGCACCGCUGGGAACAACGCUUGCUGUGCAGGCCGUUCCAACCGCUCAUUCCAUUGUACAAGCCACCAGGACUUCUCUACCCACCGUGGGCCCUUCAGGACUCUACAGUCCAUCAAGCAGUCGAGGCCCUAUACAGAUGAAAAUUCCAAUAUCUGCUUUUAGUAGUCCGUCAUCUGCAGAGCAAAGUAGCACUACCACCCCACGAAUUGAAAACCAGGCAAACAAAGCAACAGAUGUUUCUGUUAAUAAGAAAGCAGCUGAUAGCACAUCUCAGAGUGGAAAACCCACUGGCAGUGAUUCAGGUGGUGUCAUUGAUCUCACAAUGGAUGAUGAAGAGACCGGAACCUCACACAGUAAUGCAGAACCCAAAAAGCUAAAUCAUACUCCUGUGUCAACUAUGAGUUCUUCUCAACCUAUGCCUCGACCAUUGCAACCCAUCCAACCAGCACCACCUCUUCAGCCAUCCGGGGUGCCAACAAGUGGUCCAUCGCAAACAACUAUACACUUGCUGCCUACAGCUCCAACUACCGUGAAUGUAACACAUCGUCCAGUAACUCAGGUGACCACAAGACUUCCUGUGACACGAGCUCCUGCAAACCACCAGGUGGUUUAUACAACUCUCCCAGCACCACCAGCUCAGGCUCCCCUGCGAGGAACUGUUAUGCAGGCUCCUGCUGUCCGCCAGGUCAACCCUCAAAAUAGUGUUACAGUUCGAGUGCCUCAAACCACCACAUAUGUUGUAAACAAUGGACUAACCUUGGGUUCAGCAGGACCUCAGCUCACAGUGCAUCACCGACCACCCCAAGUGCACACUGAGCCCCCACGUCCGAUGCAUCCAGCACCCUUACCAGAAGCCCCACAGCCACAGCGCCUGCCCCCAGAAGCUGCCAGCACGUCUCUGCCUCAGAAGCCACACUUGAAGUUAGCAAGAGUUCAGAGUCAAAAUGGCAUUGUUCUGUCAUGGAGUGUUCUGGAAGUGGAUCGAAGCUGUGCUACCGUGGAUAGCUACCAUCUCUAUGCUUACCACGAGGAGCCCAGUGCCACUGCGCCCUCGCAGUGGAAGAAGAUUGGGGAGGUGAAAGCUCUCCCCCUGCCCAUGGCCUGCACUCUCACCCAGUUCGUGUCUGGCAGCAAGUACUACUUUGCUGUGCGAGCCAAGGACAUAUAUGGGCGUUUUGGACCUUUCUGUGAUCCACAGUCAACGGAUGUGAUCUCCUCGUCCCAGAACAGUUAAACCUUGGAGCCUUUAUCUCUUCUUUAAAAACUUCAUGGGGGGGGGGGCUUGUUUUUCAUCUUGUGCAUGAUUCCCAAUAUAAAAUCCACAGUGUGCAAGAUUUAUUGGACAGAUGUGUGUAGACACUACAUUUGUUUAUAACCAGAAGUGUAAUAAACUCAGCCCAUAAAAAAGAGUCUUCCCCUGAACAGUUCAAGCUUCAGGGUUUUGAAAUGCAAACGUGUAAUUUGCUUUCGUUUUGUUGAGGCUGGGGAAUAUGUAUGGUGUGUGUGUGUGCUUUCUUUUUUCCCUAUUUGUGUGUUUAUUGCAGUGCAAUCUCCAUUGUCAAUCUCAAAUUUACCUCUCUUCCAGUAUAAAGUCAGUAAAUCACAGGAUCUGAGGUAGGUGACUGGCAUGCUUCUGCUUUUAAAGGAUCAAAUUGAUGAUUUCAAUAGAAUUAAAUGGAAUCUAAACAAAACCCAAAGAAAUAGAAAAGGAAAAUGGCCAGCUCAUGUUAGGUUCAUUGGAAUGCAGGAAGAUUCUUUUCCUUGUCCUUACUUUCUUCUCCUAGGCUGCUGAUGAGGAGAAAAUGACCUGCAAUAAACCCCACCCCAUUCCUGAUCUGGCUUUGACAUUUAUGUUGUGCCUUAAAACUAACUAUAGAAAUAAACAUGGCAUGUGUCCAUUGUUUACUCUUUCACGUCUUCAUCUUCAGAUAUGCCACAUACCCUUUAAGUAACUUAUAAACCAGUGCAUAAAUGUGUGUGUCUGUGUCCCAUAGUUCUGUGGCAUUGUGGCAUUUAACUCCGAAAAUUUGAUUUGCUGUUUCUUCUAAGAAUAUACUUUUGUUUUGAUUAUUAUUUAACUUCGCAUUAUACUAUGUAUGAGAAAUUUCCAUCAAACCAGUUUUAAUAUCCACGUUAUACACUGUUAAAGAUUCUAGAAGCAAGCUGGGUGUGGUGGUGCACGCCUUUAAUCUCAGCACUUGGGAGGCAGAGGUAGGAAGAUCGCUGUGAAUUUGAGGCCACCCUGAGACUACAGAGUGAAUUCCAGGUCAGACUGGGCUAGAGCAAAACCCUACCUCAAAAAACAAAACAAAACAACAACAACAAAAAAAAUUCUAGAAGCAACUCACUCAUAGUAUAAUAUUCUUUCAAAGCAUUAAAUAGUAAAAUUCAUAAAAUACAGAGGAAAGCUCAAUUUCCUCUCCCUUCUCAUGCCAUCCUUCCUGUUUUAGCCUUUUAGCUUUGUUUUGAUAGUGCCAAGUUGAAUCUGAUUUUGCCUUUAUCAACUAUGAGUGGAGCUGAAAAGGAUAUUCUUUGGGGUCAUUUCAGGUCACAGGUGAAGCCACCUCAGUAUUUUCACUGCUCUGCAAAGUGAGUGACGUUCAGUUCAGGCCGUGGCUUGUCCGUGAGCACAGGCUUUAGUGGUUUGGGGCAGGUGCUGUGCGUGUGGUAAUUGAAGACACGAGGCUGGCGUACGUUUUAGGGAUGAGUGUGUAGUUGGGGUGUUUUGAAAGGUAUUCAUGGAGUUUGUGAAAUAACUUUUCAAGUCGUCUUCUCUUACAAUAUUUUAACUCAUAUUUAUAUCUUCUCAAGAAUGAAUUACUCACUUAUUUGCCCUGGCAUUGUAAGAAGGAGCUACAUUUCUUUCAUUGAUGCUGACUGUUUAGUUUACAACCUUGAUGACUUCAAAUAGGAAGUAGUCUAGUUGAAAUGAAAUUGUUUUGAGUGGCCUUUACUGGUCACUGUGAUGACAUCUUAGGUGUGAGGUGUGAUUGAUGGUGAGAGAAGCCUACAGGUUCAGUGCACUGGCCCUCCCUUGACUCUCAGAACAUGAGACCACACCAAGAACAGGGCUGUCCACCAGUUAAACUUGCCAAUCAGCUGUGUAGAUUGAGGCAUUCUAGAACGAAUGAUCAUGCUGAAGCAAUCGCUACCAUUAUGGCAACAAAAAUUUCAAAUGGAGGAAAUGAUUUUCUAGAUUAUAUGAAUUCCUGUCUAGAUGUGCAUGUGUAAGUGUACUUACAUUUAUGAUGGUGGCAAAAGUCAGUACUGUGUGUACAAGGCCAUUGCUGUUGACAGAAUUGAAAAACCCAUGUUCAAAAUUGAUUUUUACUAAGUGGUUUUAUAGUCUUGUGCUAACAGUCUGCUUACUAGCCACAAGAAAGUUUUCUUGAUGAAUAUUUUUAUUUAUAUUCACAAUUAUUUUCUAUGCACUAAUUUUUAAAAGUUUUUAUAACAUAAUCUAAUAUAAGAGCUCAGUGGGAUAAAUCUAUUUUAUUGUUUUGGCUUCUAUUUGGAUUUUUUUUUUUGUUGUCAAAGGGAAAAAAAUUCUCAAAAGGUAAUCCAAAAUGUAGAUUUACUGCAGAAAAUAAUUACUUAAAACUUUUCAUUCCUGAUUGAAAGGAAGAUAUGAAGAAAGAUAUAGUUACUUAAAGGAAAAUUAUACCUGUUAUAAUAUGGUCUCUUAGAAUUAACCUGCCACGAGGCUAGUGGACAAUAGCCAUGUUGGGUUUACUGGAAAGUGCUGGGUUAGAAUGCUGGGCUUUCAUGUGGGGCAAGGUUCGUGCUGAUAGGUGCUGGCUUUUUGUUUGGCUUGUUUCUUGGGGAGAGGUAAUGGAAGACUCAACAAGAAGCAGCUACUGAUUCCAGAAUUUUUCCUAGCAGUUCACACUCCGUGGUUAUCUUUUUUACUUCAUGGUAUCUUUUCACAAAGUAUUACAAAUAAGCUCAAUUGUCCCAUUUUGGGAGUGCAAGUUUGCUACAUUUUUAGCCUGACAAUACUGGUAAUUGGUAUUGCGUUAAUGGAACUCCUGGAAACUUGUGAUAUUUCAACAUGAAAUGUAUGAUGUUUAUGUGGUAAUUGAUGGUAACAGUAAUGUUUAUUACUCUCUACUUUGCAAUUGUCAGAGUAAUUUUCACCCUGUUUUAAGUGUGAGUCUCUUUAAAUUAUGUUCUUGUUAAUUUCAUACAAAGACAACAUGUGUUGUUAGUGACUAUGAGGUAACAAUUCCCCUGUUUCUGGACUUGAGUUUUAAAAUACUUCUUACUCUUGAACACAGUGGGACUUUCUGAAAGAAGUAAAGAACUCUUCCUUAGCACGUGAGCAUCUGUGGCAAUACCACUGACAGGCAUCCUUCCCCUUCCGUCCCUAUUUCAAGUAAUUAAUUAUCCUGAAUAAAAUGACCUAAAGCAAGCUUAAAAUUUUAUUUUGACACAUCUCUGAAAUCACUGAACAAGUGUUAACUUAGUUUUGUUAACACGUUUUGUUCUUUUGCUUUAAAUACUUUCCAGAUUAUCACUUAUGUAGCCAGGUUAGUGUUGCUGUUGCAUGGUGGGCAUUUAACUUUCUCCAUGAUUUUCCAGUACUGUACAAGAUUACCAAAAUAAUGUCUAUGCUGUCCUCAUCUCUCCUCAUACUUACUGGGCCUCAGCACAGUUGGGUACUACAGAGAAGACCUGCUAAGCAUUCUCCCUGACUUUUCUUCUUGGGCCAUUCCCGGGUCCUCAGCACUAUGGCUUCUAUUUUUAUUUUCAUCACUAACCUGUGGUUGUUUGGCCUGUGUAAUUCUCAUUUUUAGGAAAACACAUGUCCCAGCGUUAGAUUAUAGCAAAUAACUGUGUGAUUCUGCCUUCAUUAACUACAUACUGGGCAUAUACUUUAAAAAAAAAAAUGAUAUACACACAGAUUAGAGCAAUUUUCUGGAGGGAUUUGUUAGUGUGGCUGACUUCCCAAUGACUGAAACUAGUUGUCCCCUGGAGCCAGCCCAAAGGACAGGAGUAGGACAUUGCAAACACGUGUUUAGUAUUCUCUUCAAAAUUUGAUCACGUUAGAGCUUUUGUUUCUGUUUGUAGAGACAGCUAUCAUUUGUAUUUAAAUGUAUUUUGUUUUUGUAAAUAAGGUAACAGCAAUCAAACACCUUUUGGGGAUCCUAGCUUUAGUAUUUUAUCAACCAAUUCAAAAGUAAAUAUGGAAAUCCUUUGUAGGAAACUUGCAUCCUGAUUUUUGUUUAUUACAGUUAAAAGUGUAAAUAAGACAAUGUAAGAUCUUCUUGAUGUCUAAUAUUAACUGGGCUGUAGCAAGUUGCCCUACUUUUAUUACCUUUUAAAGGUUUUUUUUAAUUUCCUUUUUUUCUUUCCUUCUUAAAUGUACAGUAGAGUGACGUCUGUGUAAGUGUUAACUGUAGUGGGGAUUUGUCCAGCAAGCCUGAAAAUUUAUACUUUGAAAUAAAUGACUGGGUUUUUAA